AUGACUAAAUCCAUUUUGUCUGUCAAUGCAGGCUCGUCCUCAGUGAAAGUCAACUUCUACACUGCGGAGAAUCCGCCAAGACCCAUCGCCCAUGCGGAGAUAUCUGGGAUCACCGCACCACCACCAAAGCUCAAAUAUCAGCAGGGUGACAAAAGUCACAAAGAGGAAAUCAAAGAAAAGCUCACAACGCCCCAAGAUGCCUUCAAUUAUCUUUUGAAGCGGUGUUUCGAGGAUCCCGAGCUCUCCGAAGUCACCAGCGCCGACGAUCUAGCCUACAUAUGUCACCGGAUCGUCCAUGGAGGAGACUACCACGAUGCGGUAGAAAUCAACGAUGAAUCAUAUCAUCACUUAGAAUCGUUUGAAGACCUCGCCCCAUUGCACAACUUCUCAGCACUGGAAAUAGUUCGACACUGCAGAGCCGAGCUUCCCAAGGUCAGGAGCAUUACCUUCUUUGACUCCGCCUUUCAUCACACCAUCCCGGAACCCGUGCGCACAUACGCCAUCAACCAAGAAGUCGCCAAGGCGAAUGGCUUGCGCAAGUACGGAUUCCAUGGAAUCAGCUACUCCUUCAUUCUACGGUCUGUGGCACAAUUCUUGAGCAAGCCAGCUGAUAAGACCAACCUCAUUGUGAUGCAUAUUGGAAGUGGGGCUUCCAUCUGCGCCAUCAAGAAUGGGGAAUCCAUUGAUACAUCUGCAGUGCAGAUUGCAUUUGCCGAGAACUCCACCCUGCAGUACGAGUAUACUAACGCAAGCAUCAGAAUGGGACUCACUCCUUUGGCGGGAUUACCCGGUGCAACCCGCAGUGGAGAUAUCGAUCCAUCAUUGGUAUUCCACUACACGAACGAAGCGGGCAAACUAAGCCCUGCUAGCACGAAAGAAAUGCACAUCAGCACGGCCGAGGAUAUUCUCAACAAGCAAUCAGGAUGGAAGGCACUCACGGGAACCACUGAUUUCUCCGAAAUUGCAGUGUCUGAUCCACCCACCAAGGCGCAUAAGCUUGCGUUCGAUAUCUUCGUUGACCGCAUCGUUGGUUACAUAGGAAAUUACUACCUCAAGCUCAAUGGACAGAUAGACGGUGUAGUAUUCUCUGGUGGGAUCGGUGAGAAGAGCGCCCUUCUGCGGAAGACGCUUGUUGAUAAGUGCCAGUGUCUGGGACUGGCUCUUGAUGACGCCGCUAACGACAAGGGGCCUGAAGAUGGGGAGACGGUCAAAGAUCUUUCCAAGGGCUCCAGCAAGGGGCCCCGGGUUUUGGUUUGCCAGACCAACGAACAGUUCGAAAUGGCCUACCACUGUGCCCGUUCUCGGUGUUGA